AUGCUCAAGCCGUUCAUAAGUGAUCGUAUUGUGCAGUGAGAAGGGUGUGCUUCCCUCGGACGUUCAAAGCAAGCUUCGAAUUUCUUCCCAAACUCAGUUGUUUAAGCUUAUUCACGCGCAUACAGCAACGUUCAAGUUCAACUUGCAGGUUUGCAUUUGGUUUGCGAUAAGUACGUAGCAACGAAAGCAAAGAAUUGGUAGCAUGGUUUUCAAAGUAUUUUUGGUGACGAGUUGUUCCGUGCUGUUUGUACUUUCUGGAAUGAUGGCGCAAGCGCAGAUGACCAAAAAACGCUGCAUAAGCCAACCAAAUGUAUCCAAAAAAGUGGACAAGGUUAUCCACGAGUGCCAGGAGGAGAUCAAAAUGAACCUGCUUGAAGAUACCCUUCGAAUGUACAAGGAGGACUGGCAUGAUCGCAAAAAGCGUGACGUAGAAGCUGGAGUCGGUUUCCAACACCCAACGGUUGUGUCCAGUGAAGACAAAUGGAUCGCAGGGUGCCUGAUGCAGUGCGUGUACCGUAAAAAUGAUGCCGUCGACAAAAAUGGAUGGCCCACUCUGGAUGGACUGGUAAAUCUGUACACGGAUGGAGUUAACGAGCAGGGCUACUUUAUGGCCACCCUCAGAGGUGUCGAUCGGUGCCUGAAAGGUACUUCGAUGAAGUACAAGGUGAAAAGAAAUGAUAUUGCCGAUCCACUCGAACAAUGUGGAGUUGCGUUUGAUGUUUUCGACUGUAUUUCCGAUAUGAUUACGGAUUACUGUAGCGACCAGCAGAGGAAUGUAUUUCAUUAAACAUGCGCUUAUCUUAACGGUUGAUCAGAGUAUAAAUGAUUAUUUAUUAUGUAGAAAAUUUUAGGGUUACCAUAUUUAUGUUGAAAAGUGAUGUUAGUUGGAUAAUUUUAGUUUUUAAAUAAUUAAAAGUGUUACUAUACAGGUGUAUUUCAGUAACAUUCAUCAGUACUUUUCUCUGUAUAGUGAUUUUAUUAAAGUUUACA